UGUGAGAAGCCAGAGGCACGCCGGGACAGGCUUUGCACAAGACAAAGGAUCAGACUGGGCCCAGGACACGCCCGUUAGGAGAAACCGAAACUCGGUUCUCCCCGGCAGGGCCAGGUGGGGACAACCCAUGGGCUGGGCGGACUCGGUGUGUGGCCAUAAGCAGAAAGGAGGCCUGCGGAUGCCCUAGAAGAGAGAGGCCGGCCGCGCCGGGGGUCCCCGCUGACCCAGGACGCCAGGGUGGACGGGAUUAAAGCCUGGAUUGACCACUCGCGCGGAAGGCGUGGCCGAGGACCCGACGUCUCCGCCCCCUCCGGCUGAGACCGACCCGCCAAGAUGUCGGCUGCACUCAUCCUGUGCCUGCUGGCCGUCCUCCAGAGGAGUGCGGGGACCAAUCCCCAGCAGCCGGUUAACCUCACGUGGGAGGUGCUCAACCCCAUAGAAGACAGGGUGGUGUGGGCGCUGUCCGGGCGUCAGCCGGCCGGGACCUGGUUCCCUGGCAUCACCUUUGACCUGUGUGACCUGGUGGGGAGAGGGGACGCCGCCACACCCCGAUACGACCACCCGUCGAGCUGGUGCUCCUACACGUCGGGCAUCGCCUGGCUGAGGGGGCUCGAGUUUUACGUCUGCCCCGGACAUAAGAAAGGGAAUGUUGGGAAGUGCGGAGGGCCCGAAAGCUAUUACUGCAAAAGCUGGGGUUGCGAGACCACCGGGUCGGGGAGCUGGAUCAGCGACAGCCCCGAGGAUUACAUCAGGGUGAAACGGAACAGCACCAGCGUCUGCCCGUGUCAGGCCAAGCUCUCCUACUCCGCCGAGGACCUGCAGUGCAAGCAGACGCCCUGUAACCAGGUCGUCCUCACCUUCACAGAGAAGGGCAGAGAGGCCCCGGGCUGGUCACUGGGGUACACCUGGGGCAUGAUGUUCUACCAGUCGGGGACCGACCCUGGGGUCCUCUUCACGGUCAGGCUCAGACAGACGGAACCUCUCCCCCAGUAGCCAUCCGGCCAAAGAAGGUGGGCAAACUGAAGUGUCAGAAAAAUACGGGCCAGCCGAAAGGCCAGGACCCCCCCACCCCCACCCCGUGGUCUCCCAACCCCCACCUCCAGGCUGGUCCCCGGGGUGGAGGCCGAGCUGUGGGAGGAUCCUUGGGGAGCGCCAUGGAAGUCACCCCGCCCCCCGGGGGACCACAGCCUGUUGGACGUCAGCCAGCCUUUCUGCGAGGCUGUGGGGCCGAACGCGACCCCCACCCAAGCACACACCAGCUGGUUCCACCGUCAGGAGAAACCCGGGGCUGGAUCCUGCGUGGGGCGGGUCCCAAGGGCAGCAGGUGGACCUGCGAGACCCAGCGUGAGCCUGGCCCGGACCCGGCCGUCUGGAGAGGAACCAGGGGGCUGAAGCUCUCUCCCCGGCCCCCUCCCCGCGUCAUUUGACAGGCAGAGCCCCCCCCCCCCGCCCCGCCGCCGCCUCCCAGGUGCCUUGGCGGCAUCAGAGCAGAGCCGGGCCUCGAACCAGAGGACUCGAACCAGCUUACGCCGGCCGGGCCUCUGCCACAGCAGACCCUGGGUUUCAGCGCCCCAGGCCCCCGCGUAGGAGGGGCUGGGCCUGUGCGCUCCCGCUCACGGCGCCUGGGGACCCCCUGAGACCCUGGAGAGGGGCAGGCCCUGCCCUGGGCAGGGCCGUGAAAACGCGGGGCCUGCGGGGGGGGGGGGGGGCUUGAAAGCUAAGUUUAUCUGGGGGCAAGAAAUAAAAAAGCACAAUCCAUGAA